AUGUCGGAAAAAGAUGAACUCGCUGAUACAAUCCCCCCCUCCUAUAAGGAGGCUUCGCAGCCAGGCCAGGAUGUCUGCCAACCUACGACGCUCGUCCUCAAGAACCAGUCGAUCCAUGCCCUGACACCAGAGUCGCCGCCGCUGUACCGCCUUAGCCUGGGGAUUUCGGAACUUUCAGAAAUUACCACAGAAGUAGAGUUGUUUCAUGUUGAGCCCAGGAAAGACGGAUCGGGGCGCGACCGCCAUAUAUACGACCUGCGGUGCAUGCGUACUGGACCGGGCGGCUUACUGGCCCUGCCGUCCGACUCGCCGCGGUACUACAUUCAACGCGCUACCCGUCGUAUUCCAGGGCUGCAAGACCUGGGGGUCAAAAAGGGCCUCUCGAUCAUACCAGGGACCACACGCUCAACCGCCGUGCCUGUCGACGUAUAUGGCAAAACCAGCAAAUACAACAUCACCAACUUCGUGAAAGGGGGCGCAGCAGUGUUUUCCACCAAAGGCCACGAAUGGACUGAUGCCCAGGGAAACGCCGUGGCGGUUAUGCACGAUGACACAGACAAGCGGCACAGCUUGAUUGUGACAGCAGCCCUCCCGUCAGCCCAGCUCCACAUGCUCGUUGCUUUGUGGUGCUGCCAUGUGUGGGAAUACGGGAUUGCACAUGCCGAAAAAGUCCACGAGGGACUUGACGGAGGUAAUUUUAUUUGA